AUGGAGUCGCUGCGGUUGGAGCAGGAUAAGCUGGACAAGAAGGCAAACUUGUCCAAGACGAUUGAUGAUGUGCAAAAGACGAUCGACUUGCUCGUCGCCGCAAGGGAAGGCAUAGCUGCCGAUGGAAGUGCAGGUGCGCCGACACUGGCCAAACUGAAGCGUCCGGUCAAGGCUUCACUGGACCAGGUCAACUCGGACAUCAAGGACAUCUACUCUGCGCACAAGGACUACUCCAAAGCCUUAGAUAAGGUNAAAUUCAAACCACAAUCCAUGCCCGCUUCCCAUCAUGAUGCCCUCUCGUCGCAACCCGCCUUGACCAACCGCGCAAUCGCCAUGCACCUCUUGCGCGAGGGUCAGUUCAAUGUCGCCCAGACCUUCAUCGCAGAAGCAAACGCCAAUCCGAAUCCUGCUGCCACAAGAGAUGGAACAGAUGGGGACAGUCUCAUGAGGGAUGGUUCCAGUACCCAUCUCUACGACAUGGACGGCGACGGUGCCGGUGCUCUGCAAUCGAGCUUUGCCCACAUGUACAUUGUCCUGGACGCCCUACGCAACAACCACAAUCUCAAUCCCGCCAUCGAGUGGGCUCGCCAACAUACCCAUCAACUCGAGCUCAGGGGCUCAAAUCUCGAGUUCGAUCUGUGCCGACUCCGAUUCGUCGAGCUAUACACCCAACAUGACCCCAAUAACCCCAUGUCGGGUCCUCUGAGUGCCCUCGAAUAUGCUCGUCAGACCUUCCCAAACUUCUCUGCUCGCUACAUGCGCGAGACAUCAUCUCUACUGGGGUCUCUGGCAUUUGCACCCGCUCUGACUUCAUCACCAUACAAGAACGUCUUCUUCAACCAGGACGCCUGGGAACACGCUGCUUCUAGCUUCAUCCGCGAGUUCUGCGCCAUGCUGGGCCUGAGCGAAAAGAGCCCCCUCUACACCGCCGCAACAGCUGGUGCCAUCGCUCUGCCCGUACUCGAGAAACUUGAGCGCGUCAUGGGCGAAGUCGGAGGUCAAUGGACAAGUGUCAACGAACUUCCCGUUGAGAUUCCACUACCGCACUCAUAUCUCUUCCACUCCAUCUUUGUCUGUCCUGUCAGCAAGGAGCAAGGUACCGAUGCCAACCCGCCCAUGAUGUUGCCCUGCGGCCACGUAAUCGCAAAGGAAUCGCUUGAGAAGAUCAGCAGGGGAAACAAGUAA